UCCACGGUCCUGCGCUGGGAAUUCUGAUUUUACACACUCUCAAGGUUUUGUGUCAUGGGAGCGAAAUUUGCAGUUGGAGCCAACCUGUUCAUCCAGAGUUUUUAUACUUACAUUAUUUUAGUUAUUUUGUUUUUGUUUGUGCUUUUGUGUUUGUGUUUGUGGUUAAAACGUCUGCAUUGUAGGGUUGUCCGGGUAGCCAGUGCGUUUCUCUGAAUAGUUUUUUUCUCUCCAGUAAUUUAAUCCAUUUAAUAGUGGAAGGCUUUUAUCUGGAAAUCAUAUUAAACCGUAUUUGACUUGCAAAGAUCAUGUUCUUCGGGUUGCUUGUCGUUGCCUUAUGCGUUUUAUUAAUCUCGUGUGUUCUCAUUUUAUUUAGUUAUGGGACUUGUGACUUUUGUUUCAACAUCGGAGGUGGAAGCUUUUCACACAUAGGAAUAAUGUUAGUGUUGUAGGCUGUUUGUAGGCCUAUGGGUUUUUCUCCUGUAGGCUAGCUGACGACAUGCGUAGCCUACGUACAGCCUCCUGCGAGCAGUCACCAGCACAGCAUCGCAAGUGGUCGAGCCACCCAGCGCAGCCUGCAGGGACUGGGAACAUGUUUACCUAAACACCCCUCUGUCAAAACAUCAAAACAAACCGGCAGUCUGAUUUAGGGUGACUGAAUACGCUGUUAGAGAAGAAAUCGUCUCAUGGUAAUCUGUCUUGCCGUUCCAAAGCAGCGGAGAGCGGUCCCUGUGCGGUGCGACGCAACAAAUGGCAACUUGUGCAGUAACCAACUACAGUAAUGUGGUGAAGGCCCCAGGCUCAGAUUCAGAUGAUGAGGACAAGCUGCACAUCGUGGAGGAGGACGGGAGUCUGGCAGACGGGGCUGACUGUGACAGCAACGUACCCAGUGAAGAUCACAACGGAGACCGCUGGGAUGAAGUGAGGGAGGAGUGUGGUUCUGAUGGGGAGGAUGACGGCAGUACAGAUGCUCUGGUGGAGGAGAUACUGCAGCAGGGAGACACGACCAUCAUUUACCCAGAAGCCCCUGAGGACGAGCCACGACAGGGGACUCCUGAGGCCAGCGGACAUGACGAGAAUGGCACUCCGGAUGCAUUCUCCCAGCUCCUCACCUGUCCCUACUGUGCCCGUGGCUACAAGCGCUACACAUCCCUGAAGGAGCACAUCAAGCUGCGCCACGAGAAGAGCGAGGACAACUUCAGCUGCUCCCAGUGCAGCUACACCUUCGCCUACCGCACUCAGCUGGAGAGACACAUGACAGCCCACAAAGCUAGCAGAGACCAGAGGCAUGUGACGCAGUCGGGGGGCAACCGAAAAUUCAAGUGCACUGAAUGUGAAAAAGCAUUUAAGUACAAGCACCACCUGAAGGAGCACCUACGCAUCCACAGCGGAGAGAAGCCAUACGAGUGCUCCAACUGUAAGAAGCGUUUCUCCCACUCGGGCUCCUACAGCUCCCACAUUAGCAGUAAGAAGUGCAUCGGUGUGAUCUCAGCAGUCAACGGCCGCCCCCGGCCCGGCGCCAAGACCUCCCAGUGCUCAUCCCCAGCCAUGCCCGCCUCGCCCUCCUCCACCACAACACGCACCCAGAUCCGGGACAAACCCUUGCAAGAACAACUACCCCUCAACCAGAUCAAGAGCGAGCCAAUGGACUACGAGUACAAGCCCAUGGUAGUGUCUCCAGCAGCGGGGGCGACAGGAGUGAACGGUCAUGGAGGAGGGGUGUUCAACGGGGGUGCGGCUGCCCCCCUGCAGGGCACGGUGCAUGCGGUGAUGCUCCCCACCAUGGGUCUGGUCUCUCCCAUCAGCAUCAACCUGGCAGACCUACAGAACGUCUUGAAGGUGGCGGUGGACGGUAACAUGAUCAGACAGAUGUUGCAGAACAACGCCAAGGCAGCGGGGACCGGCAUGGGGGCGACAGGCGUUCCUCACCAGCAGCUCAUCUCAGCCAUCAGUCUGCCCAUCAUGGGUCAGGAUGGCAACGCCACCAAAAUCAUCAUCAACUACAGCCUGGACCCCAGCCAGACCCAGACCCAGGCCCAGCUCCAGACCCAGACCCAGCUCACUGCCCAGAACCUGAAAAAGGAGCCCCAGACCCUGGCUACAACACCAGGCCAGGCCCAGGCCGCCACGGAGCCCUGCAGCAAGACCCAGCAGAAACUCCCAGAGGACCUGACAGUUAGCAGGCCCCCCAGGAGCAAAGAGGAGAAGAUGGAAGAGGACACUACUAAGACCUGUCUGCUCUGUAACGACUGCCCCGACGGUCUGGACGCGCUCCACACACUCAAGCACUGUAAGAAAGCCUCAGGCCUCAGGAUCAAUGGGGACAAAUCAGAGUCUGCCAUCGAUUCGUUAUUGUCCGAGGGGUUCGGGGGCCAGCCCAAGAACCUUCUGUCUCUCCUCAAGGCCUACUUCACCUUAAACGUUGAGCCCACCAAGGAGGAGCUCAGCAAGAUCUCCGACUCAGUCAGCCUGCCUGCCGACGUAGUCAAGAAGUGGUUUGACAAGAUGCAGAGCGGUCAGGUCUCACUAGGGGCCCCGACACCUCCGUCUGAGGAAGAAGGGCCCUUGUCUGAGUGUGAUGGGGCCAUAGUUGUGUCCCCUAAACUAAGAUCAGAGCAGGACACAGAGGGCCCCACCCUGAUGCAGUCCAGCCCAGCUGAGGCCACUCCGGCUGAGGUUAAUGGCUCUGGGCGCUCCCCGGCCUCCCCCACACCACUAAACCUGACCACUGGGGGGCACGUCCCAACCAAACCAUCCUCUUCAGACAGCACUGAGGGCCCCCUGGACCUGUCGCUACCAAAGCCCACCCGAGAGGAGACCUCUUACCAAGCCACUGUUUACUCCCAUCAGGACAAACCCCUGAACUUGACGAAGACUUGCACAACCAAGAAAGAACUUCCGCUCUCUGCCGGCCACCAAGUGACUAGCCAACCCGUGUCCUUGUACACCGCCAGCCCAAAAAGUGCCAACCCCAUCAGCAUCAUGACCACUCAGCUGCCCAGCGGGACCAUCUAUGCCAUCACUGAUCAGGGCAGCGCGGGCGUGCCCUGCCUCCGAGCACUCACCACCAAUAACAACCAGACUAUUCUCAUCCCGCAGUUGGCCUACACCUAUACCACUACAGCUACAGCCAGCAGCCCUGCAGGGACAGAGACACAGGAGAAGACCACACUGCAGAUCAACGGCAUCAAGGAGGAGCGUCAGGACACCAGCUCAGAGGGCGUGUCUACCAUAGAGGAGCAGAAUGACUCAGACUCCACCCCUUCCAGGAAGAAAAUGAGGAAGACGGAGAGUGGGAUGUACGCCUGCGACCUGUGUGACAAGAUCUUCCAGAAGAGCAGCUCUCUGCUCCGACAUAAAUACGAACACACAGGCAAGAGACCCCACGAGUGCGGCAUCUGCAGGAAGGCCUUCAAACACAAGCACCACUUGAUAGAACACAUGCGUCUCCACUCCGGAGAGAAACCCUACCAGUGCGACAAGUGUGGCAAGCGCUUCUCUCACUCAGGCUCUUACUCCCAGCACAUGAACCACCGCUACUCCUAUUGCAAGAAGGAGGUGCAGGAAGGAGGUCAGGGAGGUGUAGAGGAGGAAGUUCUGGAGAUGGAGAGCCCCGUUGGGUUGGGCCUGGGAGGGGAGCAGCAGGAGCAGUCAGACAGCAGGCCCACCUCCUCUCCUCCCUCCCACCUGGACUCUGACGAGCGAGGGAGCAGCACCAGGGAGGACGAGGAGGAGAGCGAGGAGGAGGACAUGGAGACAGCGGCAGGGGAGGCGGUGGAGGGAGAUCCGGACAGUGUUCUGGAUAUGGAUGAUAUAAAAGUGGUGCGGAUAGGAGAUGAGGGAGGGGACGAGGAGGAAGAGGAGGAGGAGGGGGAGGGAGAGGGGGAAGACACUGUUCAGGAGGGGGGGGAGAAUGAGGAAGAGGAAGAGCAUGGAGUGAAGAGAGUUGUGGUAGGGGGUGAAGAGGAGGAAGAGGAAGGGGAGGGGAUAGUGGGGGUUGAAGUAAAGGAAGAGCAGGAGGAAGAGGAGGUUACGGGGGAAAAGGCAGAUACAAGGCAAAAAGAGGUGCAGGAGAACAGUGAGAAAGAGGAGGAACAUGGAGGAGAGAAGGAGCAGGCUGAGAAGAAGGUGGAGGAGGAGCAGUCAGAGCAGGCUGAGGAGGAGGCGAAGGAGGAGACGAUGGACACAGAGGAAAGAGUGACCUCAGAGGAGAAGGAAGAAUCAGGGGAGGUCAUGAAAGAGAAUGAAGGUGAAACAAACGGGAACACUGUUUCAGAAGACGAGAACCAGACACCGACCAGAGAGAAAGGAGAUACAAAAUAAAACAGGGAGGAACCAGACCUGUGCUUCUUCCUCUAUGAAAUGCAAGGAUCCUUUUUCUCCCCAUGACGUUGGGGUAGAGGAGAGAAGAGAGCUAAAGUUUGGGUUGCUCUGACGGACGCUGCAUUUCAGUUCACUACUGUGUAUGAAUCCAGGUGUGCCUGAAAAAAUACUAGUGACUUUUUCCACAGAAGGAGAAACAAUUUUCAGUGUUAGAAAAUGAAUUUGUAAAAAUCAAAAACAAAGUUUAAAGACAAAAAAUGCAUUAUACAGACUUUGUAAGCUAGAGCCGACACGUUUUAGAUAAUGUUUUAUUACUAAAACCUUGGGUCAUUUCUUUUUAUCAGUGUUAUCACUCUUAUUGUAACCUUUAAAAAGCUGUACAGUUGGGAGAGAUUUCUAUACCUUUUUAUUGCCAAUGAACAAAAAAAAACAGUAUUUUAUUAAGUUGGAGGAAAAAAAGAUCCUGUGCACUACAAGUGGCUUGGUUUACUUAUGGCUAUAACAGUUCUGUGUUGUCUACCCUUCAGUAUUAUCGCACUAGACCUACAGUAUACAGCGUCAGCACGUUAGCUGAUAAUGUUAGCAUACCUUUUGUUUGUUUUAUAUGGAUUGUGAGCCUUAAAGAUGAAAACUAUUGUGAGGUGAUGAGGGUUCAGCCAUGAUGAUGUUCCAGUAGUUGAUUAUUACCUUAUAGAAGAAGAAGACGUCAAGGGGAGUAUCGAAGUAGGUACAUAUGUCAGCAAUGAUACAAUGUUUUAAAUGUUUUGUUCGUACGUUUGUUCAUUUAAUAAAUCUGUUAUCAUCGUUACUGAAUCAGAUUAUGCAGAAGAAUAAAGAAAAACAUUCAUGAUCUAGGCCUAGUAAGUAGGGAUCAUUUCACCCUUAAGCCCUGAACCCUAUUCCCACUCCCAGCCUUAUGCAAAAAAAAUAAUACAUGAUGCAUAUCAAAAGUGCCAUUGCAUACUGCUGUU